CUUUACUUUUUCUUUGUCUUUUUCAUUUUCUUCCCCCUCUGUGCUUUUCUGAUUCAAUUCUUAUAUUUAAAUUACUGUCAACUUGAUAAAUUAAUUGAUUCUCCGGUUAAUGGAUCAGAACGGCCAAAAAAUCAAAAAUGUGCCUUGCCCUCAGUGUGGUAAACUAUUUGUCUCUACUGAAAGGGCUAAGAUACAUAUGAGAAAAGUCCAUGGGCCAAAAACCAGUACUUGUGAAAUAUGUGGGACUUCUUUUUCCGAUCGAUGUAAACUGGUUGGUCAUAUGAGGACCCAUACAGGUGAUAAACCGUUCACUUGUGAUACCUGUGGUCGGGCUUUUUCUCAGGGGUACCAUUUACGACGUCACCAAAUGAUUCAUACCGGGGAACGGCCCUUUGUAUGCGAAGUUUGUGGAAGGGCAUUUUAUCGAAAAGAUAAAUUAAGUCGCCAUCGUCGUGUUCAUAUGAAUCCUGCUGCUAAGGCGAAUGCAAAUAAUGCCAAACAAGCUACCAGCACUAAUACAGUUGUGAAGAUCGAUCUUAAUAAUCGACUACCACCAAAUGUCGGGCAAACACAGAUCCACGCCAACAUUUCAACUCUAACGCCAACAAAUAAUCACAUUCAGACUCAGAUCUUCCCCGUUUCAAUUGAUGCACAUGUGGCAGCUCGACUUCAAAGCCAACAGGCGCUAUUUACAAUGAUUGCAAAACAGCAGCAGCAGCAACAACAACAGCAACAACAGCAACAGCAGCAGCAACAACAACCUAAAGCCAUCUCUGGAACAUCAACAAUGACCAACUGAUCUCAGGGAGCUUCAUAAAAGGAAUUUAUUCUCUCAUUCCUGUAAAUUUAAUGCGUGAGGUUUGACAUGAGAUUCUUAUUUCUCGAAUCUUUAUACUCUGUCCCUCUCUUCCUCAAUUCACUUUUCAUUUCAUUUUUGCUCCCAAUCUCAACCCUUCAACUCUUUUUUUGCUAAAAAGGUAUCUAAUCCACCGAAUUUUUUCGUAUACAUGUGAGAAUGAUUUUUUUGUUUUUUCUUUUGAUUUGACACAAUUAUACCUCAAACAUACAUUGAUUAAUGAAUGUAUUCUUCAAUUUGCUGCUUAAGUGACAAUGCUUUGACAAAUCCAGUCUUUAAUUGAA